AGUCAAGGACUGCCUAUAAUUAAAGCUUCACUUUCUUGCAGAUGUCUCUAGAACAAAUGUAGCCCCUCAUCAUGCAUGUUUCCCCCCCAGGUUUGGCCCUCCGCUACUGAUGAGAGAAGAUAGAGCCAUGUCAUGGGAACAGCUGCAGCAAUGUAUCAUGGGCAAAAUGCGCUAUCUGAUGAGAAGAGAGGCCCAAGUGCAGGCUAGUGGGAGUCUGUUCCAGGUGCGAGUAGUUGGAGGAUCUUCUCUGUGCAGCUAUCUCUCGCCUCAGGACAGACGGCCACUGUAUCAUCCUGCUGUGGACAGAGCACUGCAAUUUGGAGGUCCCGGCGGCCCUGUUCACGUGAAGCUGGUAGUCGAAUGGGAUCUGACCACCAAGGAAUGCUUGUUUGGCAAUAUCCAGGAAGAAGUUGUUGAAGAUGCAGAAAGUGUGAGAAUGAAGCAACAGCUUCAUCAACAGCAGCAUAGCUGCACCCUGAGUGAAUGCUUCCAGCUCUACACUAAGGAGGAACAGCUGGCUCCAGAUGAUGCCUGGCGCUGCCACCACUGCCAGGUCCUUCAACAAGGCAUGGUCAAAAUCAGCCUGUGGACCCUCCCUGAUAUC